ACGCGAACAAAAAGAUUCCGGCGAUCUCGAGCGCAAGGAUCCCCGGAGCCCGCAAAACCGCCGCCGUGUCGACGCUGUCGAGGUCCGAGUUGGAGGCCAGCAACGUGGCGCCGUCCGAGUUGGAAAAGUCCAAGGUGUCGCCGCCGCCGCCGCACGCGUUGGAGGGGUCUUCCUCCGACGAGGAACAGGAGGCGGGCGCCGUCGCAAGGGCUAAGUCCGCGGCGGGGAAGAAGGGGAAGAGCAAGGUCCAGGGCCGCGUACCGUCCAGGAACAAGUACCCGCUCCCCGGCCCACCACCUGCUCAAGCAGGCCGCGAGCGCGAGGCCGGGGACAAGUUCAUGUCCUUCCCUGCGGCGAACUUCGGCGACUUGCCGUCCUCGUUCGACCCGCUCGCCGACGCCGCGCGCGCCGAGGACGCGGCGGCGGCCAAGGACGUGGUGCACCUCCGCGUUCAGCAGCGCAACGGCCGCAAGGCGCUGACCACGGUGCAGGGGCUCAGCGCGGGUUACAACUUCGACAAGAUCCUGCGGGACCUCAAGCGGGAGCUCUGCUGCAGCGGCAUCAUCGUCGACGACAAGGACCUCGGCAAGAUCAUCCAGCUGCAGGGCGACCACCGCAAGAGCGUCAGCUCGUUCCUCGUCAAGGGCGGCAUGGCCAGGAAGGACAACGUCAAGAUCCACGGCUACUAGUCGCCGCGCGCUUCGCUUAUUAGUUUCGAGUCUGCCAUCGUCGUCGGAUGCUUUGUUUGGUAAUUUCUGUCUCGGUUUAGUUGAGCUUGUCGUGUGCCGUCGUAAUAUGGAUUGCAGAUGUCAUGUUAAGAUCUCGUGCUCGUUUCUGGUAUUAAUAAAGCUGAAUAUUUUG